AUGGCGCAACACUCCUCCAUCGCGCGGUCGGCUAUCAUGACGUCGGCCAAAUCGCCCGAUGUUGCGAAGCAGGGCGAUCAGGCACUUGAGAACCUACGGUCCAACGGUGUCCCAUCAAACGGAGCUAACAGCGGCUCGGGUAAAGAAGGAGCGUUGAUGCCUCCUGGCCCGAAGACCGUAGUGAGCAGAGCGCUAGGAAGCGACUUGCAUUCCGAUGCCCACAGAGGAUCGCUGGGCGGAGUCGGAACCGCUUUGACGGACACUCCGAUUUCUACCGCACCUCCCUCCCCACAGAUCAAUGGUCUCUCUGCUGCUAGCACUCCAAGCCGAGUGCGAGCCACAACCCUUGAUAUCCCGGGUCUGACUAGAUCUAAAGUGUCCCCAGAUGGACGCAUCGCCUCCCGAGAUGUCGGCUCAAAGCUGGUCAUCAUCAUGGUUGGCCUGCCCGCACGAGGCAAGAGUUACAUCACCAAGAAGCUCGCUCGCUACCUGAACUGGCUUCAACACGACACAGAGAUCUUCAAUGUUGGCGAGCGUCGUCGUGUCGCUGCGGGCAAGUCACCCUCCCCCGCCGCACGGCCAAUGGAUAAGCGUACAAGCAGUAUCCACAAGGAUCUCGUCGACUCUGUGCGUCGACUCAGCGUAAGCGUCGGCACUGCCAACAAGGAUGCUACUUCGCCUCCCGAGGAGGCAUCAUCGCCUCCAAAUGACACCUCGCUUCCCCCUCCUGUCAUUCCAGCGAAGAUCCUCAUCAAUGGUGAAGAGCCUGGAUCGUCCAUCUCCCACCAUGGCAGCACUGUGGUUCCUCCCAACGAGGCUAAUCAGACCUCUGUCGACAUUCCUGCCGAUGCUGUCACUGAGGCUUCCCCAGAGCCCAUGGAUCAGAGUGCCAACUUCUUCGAUCCUUCUAACCAGAUCGCGUUGAAGCUGCGUGAGCAGGUGGCUCUGGACACUCUGGAUGAACUUCUUGAGUACAUCCUGGAAGAAGGCGGCAGUGUUGGUAUCCUCGACGCGACAAACAGCACCAUGGAGCGUCGCAAGGCCCUUGUCGACCAUAUCCGUAACCGUGCUGGCCCCGAGCUGGGGAUCCUGUUCCUCGAGAGCAGCUGCGUCGAUAAGGAUCUCUUGGAAGCCAAUAUGCGGCUGAAGCUUUCCGGCCCGGACUACAAGGGCCAAGACCCCACCACCGCGCUGGAGGACUUCAAGAAGCGCGUUGCCUUGUAUGAGAAGUCUUACGUUCCUCUCGGCGAGUACGAGGAGAAAAACGACAUGGCCUACAUUCAGAUGAUUGACGUGGGACGCAAGAUCGUGUCACAUCAAACGCACGGCUUUCUCUCCUCACAGGUCGUUUACUAUUUGCUCAACUUCAACCUUUCACCGCGCCAGAUCUGGAUUACCCGUCACGGCGAAAGUGUGGAUGAUCAAGCGGGUCGUCUGGGUGGUGACUCGGAUCUGAGCGAGAACGGGCAACGCUAUGCCAAGGCGCUGGCCAAGUUCAUUGAUCACCAGCGGAAGAAGUGGGAGCUCUACCAGCGACAAAAGAACCUGAUCAAGCACUUCCCGCCGCGUCCUGGUGACAGCACCCCUCCCAAUCCUUCGUACAUCCCCCGUGAUCGUCCACGCAACUUCUGUGUCUGGUCGUCGAUGAUGAAGCGCGCGGUCCAGACCGUGGAGUACUUUAAUGACGACGACUACGACGUCAAGCAGAUGCGUAUGCUGGACGACCUUCACGCAGGAAAGAUGGAGGGCAUGACCUACAAAGAGAUCCAGCAGCAGUAUCCAGAGGAAUAUGCCCACCGUAAGAAGGACAAACUCUUCUACCGGUAUCCGGGCCCGGGCGGAGAGAGUUACCUGGAUAUCAUCAACCGACUGCGCGCUGUGAUCGUGGAGGUUGAGCGUACGACUGAUCAUGUUCUCCUGGUCAGUCAUCGAUCUCAUGCUCGUGUGCUGCUCUCUUACUUCCGUGGCCUGAAGCGAGACAUGGUUGCCGAUCUGGAUGUUCCUAUGGGCAUGCUGUACAUGCUGGAGCCCAAGCCCUACGGUGUUGACUUCAAGGCUUACCAGUACAACCCUGACAGUGACUGGUUCGAUGAGGUGCCUGAUUAUGAGCUGCACCAAGUCGGUGCUUGA